AUGAAAAGAGCGUUCUUUAGAUUAGGGAAUUUAUUUAGGUAAAGAAGAUUCUAUCAAGCUUGUGGAGUUGGAUUAAGUUUGACAGCUGUAAAAUCAUUUUAUCACAACUAUUUUACUACUUAUUGCGAAGAAGAAGUGAAAAAAAUUGAGUAAAAUAAUAUUAAUGAAGCUAAUAAAGUUGAUGAUGGUGAGCUUGAAGAAUUUUUCAAAAAGAAUAAUAUAUUGCUAAUUAAUAAAUAUUCAGAUCUUUCUGAUAUUAUUGUUCACCAUAAAACGCAAUCAGAAUGUCUUGUUUUCUUGCCAGGAUGCUCAGAAGAGUCCAUUAAAAUUAUGUUGAAAUCAAUUCAAAAUAAAAGAGAAAAUAGAAAAAUUAAAUUUUAUGCUUUUAAACCUUCAAAGUUCCAUCUUAAUGAUUCUUUGUAGAAGCGUGAAUAAGAAAAAGAAAGAGAUCUGUAAGAGAGAUUAAAUGGAGUAGAGUUUUUUGGAAUUAACUGUUUUGGUGAUUUGAGAUACUUUUCUUUGAAUUAGAAUUCCUAGAUUAGCAACUGGAAGAAUUGUAUUGGCAGAAAUAUUAGCUAAUAAGCAUAUUUUCAGAGAAUUAUGAAUUUCUUUCAUCCUCCAAAAAUUGUUGGUGAAAAAGACUACCCACAAUUGAUAUAAAAUAUUAAUGAAUUGACAGAAGAAGAUAGAUUAAUUAUUAGCUAUAUCCCAGAAGAAAAAGUUUAUGAUGCUAACUUACCUAAAUUUAGCACAUAUGAUUUGUAUCGUUAAGGUAGAAUAAAAAACAUAAGUUAAUUAGAGAGUAGAUUUAGAGAUAUUUCCUACGAAUACAUAGAGAAGAAUACUAAAUUUAUUAUCAUAAGAAAUCCAGACAUAGCAUAGUCGUUAUCAAUAGGUAAAGAUGAUAUAGGAGAAAUCUACAUUCUAAAGCGUACAUAAAAGUAAAUGAAUAAUGAGUCUAAUUGGUUUUUCCAAGGCUAAGAGUAUCUUUACAAUAAGAUUGAAUGGGAUCCAAAUAAUGACUAAGACAUUUAGCUCAAUUAGAAUUAAAUCAUUGAAAAACUCUAUCAACGCAGUUUUAAUUAUGUCAAUGCAAUUCACACUGAUCAUGAUUUAAACAAUUUACUCUAAAGUGCUAAUGAAAAUGGUGUUAAUAAGUUCUUGAUAUAUUAUUCUGCAGAAGCUAUAGAAGCAGAGUAUGAGCAAAAGCUUACAAAAAAGCUUAUUUCAGUUAAAAAGAACAUCUAAGAUCAAGAUUUCUAGAUUAUUUUUACUAAAAAUCCUCUAUUGCUUAAAAACUAUUUCCGUAUUAUCCCUGACAAGUAUACAGAUACAGUUCGUUUUCUAGACUAUUCAUCCAAAAGUAAAAACUUAGAUAAAAGAUUGGCAGAUUGGACAACUCUCGCUUUCUAUUCUCCAAAUAACACAGUCCAAAGUCCUGUCCCAAAAGAAUAAUAAAUAGCUAACGAAAUUCCAUUCUAUUAAAAAGAAUCAGAAGAUGCAUUAAGGUAUAAGUAUGAAGGAAAAAUAACCAGAAACAAGCUUAGUUAUUUCGUGAAACAGAGUAUUUAGCAAAGCGAAAAGUAGUACUACGAAUUUGAUCACUAAUCAUAAAAAUACUCGAGCAGAUAUUUAAAUGCAUCAAACUUUAAUAAAGAAAUAUUAUAAAAUAACAGUGAUGAUAUUAGUCUAGUUUACUUCUAUAAGCCAGGUUGUCCAAAUUGUUAUGCUAUGCACAAAGCCCUUGAAAAGUUUGUGUAAGAUUUAGAUAAUAUUAGGGAACAUAUAAAUCAAUAUGAAAAAGGUUUGAAGGAAUAUAAAAACUAUGACGAUAACUUAAUUAAUUAAUACAAUCUCCAUAAUUUUGCCAACCUUAAAAACAUAAAGGUGUAUAGAUACAAUAUAUAUAACGAAUGUAAAGAAUUCCCAUCACCCAGUGCUUCUCCACUUGUCUUCUUAUUCACCAAAGACAAUAGAUAUAAACCAAUACAAACAGAUCUCUUAAAAGAUAGAGUCAAUAUUAGUGAUUCAGAAAAAGUUUCUAGAUACUUAUUUAAAAAAAUUGAUUUACUAAAUUUAUGA